AUGGAAGCGGAGCAUUUAAGCGGCGGCGGAAGGGUCAAACCCGAGCGGGGCGACAACCGGCGCUACAAGACGGCCUUGAUUGCGUGUGCGUGCCUCUGCGCCGCUCUCCUCCUGGCGCUCAUCGUGGUGUCCCAAAGAAGUCAUCAACAGGAAUUCUGCCUGACUCCGGAGUGCAUAGAAGCCGCUGGAGCCAUUCUGAGCAAAAUGGACAAGUCGGUGGACCCCUGCGAGGACUUUUACACCUUCUCUUGUGGAGGUUGGCUGGAGGACAAUCCCAUUCCCGAAGACUCUUCAUCGUACGGGAUCUACCCGUGGCUACGGCAGCAAGUGGACUUGCGCCUCAAAGAGUUACUGGAAAUGCCGUCUGAAGCCCACGAGCUGGAGGCGGUGACUAAGGCUAAGACACUCUACCGAUCCUGCAUGAAUGAGAGCUUAUUGGAGGAGGCAGACGCUCAGCCGGUGCUCGGGACGCUCCAGCAACCCGACUUCCGCUGGCCCGUGUUGGGCGACGGCCUGGGCGGUGCCUUCCGCUGGUCUGAGCCCGACUGGAACCUUCUGCGCUCUCUGGCUAGCCUGCGUAACCAGCACGGCAAGAGCGUCCUCAUCCGGAUUUACGUGGCCCCCGACGACAAGAACUCCUCCAGAUAUGUCAUCAAGCUGGAUCAGGCGUCUUUAUGUCUACCCUCAAGGGAGGAUUACAUCACCAACACCUCUGCUGCACAGAUGUACCGCGCGGCUUUGCUGAGCUUGAUGGUGGACACGGCAGUCAUGCUAGGCGCCCCCCAGAAAGCGGCGCGGGUCCAGAUGGAGAAAGCGCUGGACUUUGAGACCAAGCUGGCUCACAUAAUAAUUCCCUACGAGAACCGAACCAGUGAAAACAUGUACAACAGAUACACGCUAUCAAGACUACAACGCCAGCUACCACAGUUGGACUGGUUGUUCUUUGUCAAAUCUGUGAUGGAGUUGGAAAGCGAGCCAUCUCUGGUUGUGUCCUCCUCGGAACCUGUCAUCGUUCGAGCACCGCAGUACUUCCGAGACCUGGUCAAGCUCAUUAACGCCACCGACCCCAGGACUGUGGCUAACUACGUCCAGUGGAGGGCAGUUUUCUCCAAGCUGACCACCCUCAGCCGCCGUUUCCUCUACAGAUACCUGGACUACGCCAGGGUAACCACGGGAACUACGUCUUUGACGCCGCGCUGGGACAAGUGCAUCAACUACAUUGAGAACACGCUGACCUACGCCACAGGCCGACUCUUUAUCGAUACGUACUUCCACGAGGACAAAAAAGACAUGAUGAACGAGCUAAUCGAUGGCGUCCGCUGGGCUUUCGUGGACAUGCUUCAGAAGGAGAACGAUUGGAUGGACGAGGCCACCAAAACCAGAGCUGUCGAAAAAGCUUACGCCGUUCUGGCUAAAGUGGGCUACCCCGAGUUCAUCCGGAACGACACCUACAUCAACGAUGACUUAAAGGAGCUGGAAUUCGACGAGAACGACUACUACGGCAACGUGCUGCAGACGCUCAAAUUCAUCGCUCAGUCCGACAUGGCUUGGCUUCGAAAGAAAGUCCCGCGCACAGAGUGGUUCACCAACCCCACUACAGUCAAUGCCUUCUACAGCUCAUCCACCAAUCAAAUAAGAUUUCCUGCUGGUGAGCUCCAAAAACCCUUUUUUUGGGGAAACGAGUACCCGAGGUCGUUGAGUUACGGUGCCAUCGGCGUGAUCGUGGGACACGAGCUGACGCACGGGUUCGACAACAACGGGCGCAAGUAUGACAAGGACGGCAACCUGGACCAGUGGUGGAGCAACUCGUCGGUCACGGCCUUCAACGAUAAGACGCAGUGCAUGGUGGAGCAGUACAAUGACUACUACUGGGAGGAGGCAGGGUUAAAUGUCCGCGGCAAGAGGACACUAGCGGAGAACAUCGCGGACAACGGCGGCAUGAGACAAGCGUUCAGGGCGUACCGACGUUGGGUCGACGAGAGCCGCGGCGGCGUCGAAGAACCGCUCCUACCCGGCGUGGGACUGGACAACAACCAGCUGUUCUUCCUCAGCUACUCCCACGUCCGCUGCAACUCGUACCGGGCCGAAGCGGCCAGGGACCAAAUUCAGACCGGCGCGCACAGUCCGCCAAAGUACAGGGUCGUCGGAGCGAUGAGUAACUUCCCCGAGUUCAGCAAGGCCUUCAACUGCCCUGAUUCGGCCGUCAUGAACAGAGGCCAACAGUCCUGCCGUGUGUGGUGA